GCUGUGCGGUUCCAGACAGACUCCAACGGCCAGGAAAAGCCCGUAGGCUUUCAUGGACUUGUGGGCAAGUCCUUCCGCCCACCGGAGCUGCACGACCACAAGCCCUACCUUGCAACGAAGGUGGACUCCUGGUGCUUGGGCUGGAGCACCUUUUACCUGCUUACGGCGCAGCCGCUUUUCAUGAGCGCCGAUCCUGCGCUCAAGGACACCGACUGGCAGCUCUUUAAGAGCGGCAAGUUUGACGAGCUUUUCAAAACAAAGUCGCCGAACUUCUCGCCAACUGGGAUUGACUUCAUCUUCAAACUACUGCAGUUUGAACCUUCCAAGCGAAUGUCAAUUGCAGAUGCUU